CGCUCAGGUUGAAAGGAAAUGACGUUUCUACGCACAUGCGCAGUACCUGCCUGUACCGCCAAGAUGGUGGACUGGGCGGCUGUUGCUUCCUAGAGAGGUUUACGAUCUAACAGCUAUAAAGAUUCACGACAAAUAUAGCUGUACAUAUCUCAAAGGUGAAUGUUUUCUAAUUGUUUUAGUUUGGAGCGAUGGAAUGUUACCUGAAGUGAAGAUUGAAGACUUGAUAGAAGAUGGACGACUACUGCUAUGCUAAGAUGGCGACGUCAUGUAAAAGAGAACAUGAAAGAGAAUCAACUUCCAGCAAAUCACCAACGGAGAUAAAGACGAAAGAUGAAGACGUCCAGCAGCUGAUUGGUCAUUCAGAAGAACUUUCCACUCAGUCGCAGGAGGGUCCAUAUCCCCCCCGCAUUAAAAGGGAAGAGGAGGAUCUCUGCAUCACUCCAGAGGGAGAGUGUCUUCUCGGCCAGGAGGAAGAUGAUCUCACCAAGUUGCCACUGACUGGUGUCUCUGUGAAGACUGAAGAUGGUGAAGAGAAACCACAACCAGACAAACUCCUGGCUCCACUAUCAGAUAACGUCCAGCAGCUGAUUGGUUAUCCAGGAAAACUUCCUCCUCAGUCACAGGGGCGGAGCUCUACUUUGGAGCAAGAGGAUCCACAGCCACCCCACAUUAAAGAGGAAAAGAAGGAACUUUGGAUAACUCAGGAGGAAGCUGAUCUCACCAAGUUGCCACUGACUGUUGUCUCUGUGAAGACUGAAGACAAUGAAGAGAAACCACAACCAGACCACCUCUCAGCUCCACUGUCAGAUAGCGGAGCUGAAAACGGGGAUGAAGAACUUUUAAGCAGCGAUACAGACUGUGACGGUGAUAUGAGGACUCAAACUGACAACAAACACUCUAAUUGCUCUAAAAAGAAGACGGGUAAAACAUGUUUGAGCUGUUCAGUUUGUGCUAAACGCUUUUCUAAAAAGAGCAAUUUGACUGUACACAUGAGGACACACACCGGUGAAAAACCAUUUAGUUGUUCAGUUUGUGGCAAAAACUUUUCUAAAAAGUGCCAUUUGAGUGAACACAUGAGAACGCACACGGGAGAAAAACCAUUCAAUUGUUCAGUUUGUGUGAAAAGCUUUACCAAAAAGUGCCAUUUGACUGAACACAUGAAAACGCACACUGGAGAAAAACCGUUUAACUGUUCCGUCUGCGGUAAAAGCUUUUCCACAAAGACCCAUUUGAGUGAGCACAUGAGAACGCACACAGGAGAAAAACCAUUUAACUGUUCAGUUUGCGGUAAAAGCUAUACUAAGAAGUGCCAUUUGACCGAACACAAGAGAACACACACUGGAGAAAAUUCAUUUGAUUGUUCAGUUUGUGGUAAAAGCAUUACUCUCAAGAGCAAUUUGACUCAACACAUGAGAAUACACACCGGAGAAAAACCCUUUAAUUGUCUGGUUUGUGGUAAAAACUUUUAUCUAAAGGGCAGUUUAACCCGACAUAUGAGAAAGCACACUAGAGAAAAACUAUUUAAUUGUUCAACAUCUAGUAAGAGCUUUGUUACCAAGAGCCAUUUGACGGAACACAAGAGAACGCACACAGGAGGAAAAACAUUCAAUUGUCUAGUUUGUGGUAAAAGUUUUUCUCGAAAGAACAGAUUGACCGAACACAGCAGAAGACACACAGGAGAAAAAAUUGGUUGCUCAGUUUGUGGUAAAACCUUUUUAUCCAGACACGGCUGGACUCAACACAGAAUGACGCAUUCUGGGGAAAAAACAUUUAGUUGUUCAGUUUGUGGCAAAAGAUUCUAUUUUAAUUCCGACAUGGUGAGACACAAAAGAAUACACACGGGAGAAAAACCUUUUAACUGUACGGUUUGUGGUAAAAGUUUUUCUCAAAAGAACAAAUUGACUGGACACAGCAAAUUACACGCGGGAGAGAAAAAUAAAAAAUAAAAUCCUUAAUAG